AUGGCGUAUUGUAACCGCACGCUCGCUAUUAAGGCAGUCUUGGUUGCAGGGGUUUUUCUUCUCCUUCUGUACCAACUUAACUCCAAGUUGGAUAGUAGCAGCGGCAGCGCCAACCGAUACCCACACCUGAAGGCGGGUGCAACCUCAUGGCCAAAACGAACUCACGGAAGCACCGAGUUACACUCGUCUUCGUCCACGGUAGGUAACGAUGGAAAGGACACGAACACGAACAACCAGCAUCACAGCAACGAUGAUCAACCUCCGAACAACGAUUCCAAUGGGUUCGUAUCGGGCGCACCCAUCCGCGUAAUGCCCGAACGAAAUCAAACGGUCGAUUUGGACGUACAGCACAAUAAUAGUGAACUUAAGAAUGUGAUACAAAACCAUGCGAAAGAACCAACCAUACGCACAGGAGCAGCAGCAGCAGCAGCUACGGUAUCUGAACAGUAUGAACUUAACGGUGAUAAGUCGAAUAGUAACGUUUCUUCGAACGUAACUCCUAGUACUAAGUCUGGCAGCUCAAAUAGUCAUUUUAGCAGUAGUAACAAUAGCAUAGAUAAUGUAGGCAAUAUCUCCGGGUUCAAUAACGUAAAGUCUGAAAAGGAAAGCACCGCCAGCAACAAAUCCGCACACGAAGCAGUUAACAAUGUACAAGUGAAUUCCUCAAUCGUGCCGGCAUCGAAGCUGGACGCACCUGUGAAUGUGUUACCGAUAGAGUACGGUACUGCUAGGGAGGGAGCCGUCAGUUUGGACGAUUUAUCGGAAAAGUUUACCAUUAACAGCUGUCCGCCAAUUCCUCCAAACCUUGACGGACCAAUCGAUGUGGAUGUCGCGUUUGAACCACUGAGCGCGGUAGAAAAACGGUUCGCUUUCAAACUGCAGCCCGGUGGCCAGUACACGCCAUCGGACUGUACGGCACGGAACCGUGUCGCCAUCGUGGUACCGUACCGUGAUCGAGAACAACAUUUACCGAUCUUCCUGAAGAACAUUCACCCAUUUCUGAUGAAGCAGCAGCUUGAGUAUGGCAUUUACAUAGUGGAGCAGACUGCUGGAUCGUCGUUUAACCGUGCGGCGCUCAUGAACAUCGGGUUUGUCGAAGCGAUGAAACAAAGGAACUGGGAAUGCAUAGUGUUUCACGAUAUCGAUUUGCUUCCAAUGGAUGAUCGCAACCUUUAUACGUGCCCGGACCAACCGCGCCACAUGUCGGUUGCUGUCGAUACCUUCGGGUUCAAGCUACCGUACAGCACCAUCUUUGGCGGGGUGUCUGCAAUGACGGAGAAACAGUUUCGCAUGGUGAACGGAUUCUCCAACUCGUUCUGGGGAUGGGGUGGCGAAGAUGACGACAUGUCAAACAGGUUAAAACAUGUCGGUUUCCAUAUCGCCCGCUACCCGGUCAACAUAGCCCGCUAUACGAUGCUAAACCACAAAAAGGAAAAGGCCAAUCCCAAACGGUACGAAAAGCUGGUCAAUGGUGCAAAACGAUUCGAUAGCGAUGGGCUUAAUUCGCUACAUUAUCAACUGGUAAACUUAAUACGCAAACCUUUGUACACCUGGAUUCAGGCAGAUAUUUCACCUGAUGGUAGCUGA